UAGAGGUUGGCAGAAUUCUCACACUGGUUCCCUGGCCUGUGGAGUGAGGGCUAUUAUGGCUGGGAAGGCUAAAUGGAAGCCCUUAGAGCUGCCUCUGCCAAAGAAAAUAGUGAGCCAAAACCAGUAUUGUAUUCCUGGAGGAACUGCAGAAAUUACACCUCCAUCAAGGACUUGAAAGAUGCAGGGUGGUGGUUCCCACAUCUCCCUUUAACUCUCUAUCUGGCCAGUGCAGAAGACAGAUGGAUCAUGGAGAAUGACAGCUGACUAUUGAAAGCUAAACCAGGGUUAACCUCGGAAGAUUCGCGAUGCAGCGGGCAGCGGUGCUGGUGCGGCGGGGCUCCUGCCCCCGCGCCUCGGGCCCCUGGGGCCGUAGUCACAGCAGCGCUGCAGCCGAAGCCUCGGCGGCGCUCAAGGUGCGACCAGAGCGUAGCCCUCGAGACCGCAUCCUCACCCUGGAGUCCAUGAACCCGCAGGUGAAGGCCGUGGAGUACGCUGUGCGGGGACCCAUCGUGCUCAAGGCCGGCGAGAUCGAGAUGGAGCUGCAGCGGGGUAUCAAAAAACCAUUCACUGAGGUAAUCCGAGCCAACAUUGGGGAUGCCCAUGCUAUGGGCCAGCAGCCAAUCACCUUCCUUCGUCAGGUGAUGGCUCUCUGCACCUACCCGAACCUGCUAAACAGCCCCAGCUUCCCGGAAGAUGCUAAGAAGCGAGCGCGGCGGAUCCUGCAGGCUUGCGGUGGAAACAGCCUGGGGUCUUACAGUGCGAGCCAGGGCGUUAACUGUAUCCGAGAGGACGUGGCAGCCUUUAUCACCAGGAGAGAUGGUGUACCUGCAGACCCAGACAACAUUUACCUGACUACUGGAGCGAGCGACGGUAUUUCUACGAUCCUGAAGCUCCUGGUCUCCGGCGGUGGCAAGUCACGGACCGGGGUGAUGAUCCCCAUCCCACAGUACCCCUUGUACUCCGCGGUCAUCUCCGAGCUCGACGCCAUCCAGGUGAACUACUAUCUGGAUGAGGACAACUGCUGGGCUUUGAACGUGGACGAGCUCCGGCGGGCACUGCGGCAAGCUAAAGACCACUGUGACCCUAAAGUUCUCUGCAUCAUCAACCCCGGAAACCCCACAGGCCAGGUACAAAGCAGAAAGUGCAUAGAAGAUGUGAUUCACUUUGCCUGGGAAGAGAAGCUUUUUCUCCUGGCUGACGAGGUAUACCAGGACAACGUGUACUCUCCGGACUGCAGAUUCCACUCCUUUAAGAAAGUGCUUUACCAGAUGGGGCCUGAGUACUCGAGUAAUGUGGAGCUUGCCUCCUUCCACUCCACCUCCAAGGGCUACAUGGGCGAAUGCGGCUACAGAGGAGGCUACAUGGAGGUGAUCAAUUUGCACCCCGAGAUCAAAGGCCAGCUGGUUAAGCUCCUCUCGGUCCGCCUCUGUCCGCCAGUGUCUGGACAGGCCGCGAUGGACAUUGUUGUGAAUCCACCGGUGCCAGGAGAGGAGUCCUUUGAGCAAUUCACCAGGGAAAAAGAAUCCGUCCUUGGUAAUCUGGCCAAAAAAGCAAAGCUGACAGAAGAUCUGUUUAACCAAGUCCCGGGGAUCCAGUGCAACCCCUUGCAAGGAGCCAUGUAUGCAUUCCCUCGGAUUCUCAUCCCUGCCAAGGCCGUGGAGGCAGCUCAGUCCCAUAAAAUGGCUCCAGAUAUGUUUUACUGCAUGAAACUCCUGGAAGAAACUGGCAUCUGUGUCGUGCCUGGCAGUGGCUUUGGACAGCGAGAAGGCACCUACCACUUCAGAAUGACAAUUCUCCCUCCAGUGGAGAAACUGAAGACAGUACUCCACAAGGUGAAAGAUUUUCACCUGAAGUUCCUGGAGAAGUACUCAUGAGGAUGCCUCUGCACCAGAGAGAGACCCCAAUACCACCCAGGCCUUCCUCAUGGACUCUGCCUCAGACCUCAUGCAGGUCACCAACCCUGUUCAUCAUCAUUUUCCAAGGAGACUUCUUUCUUUGUGCCUUGAUGUUCGAGAGUUCUUCUGAGCAAACAGUGAUUUUGCAAUGUCUCCCGGGCCCUGUUUUUUUUUUUUUUUUUUUAAAUGCCACCAAAGUAGUCAACCUGCUUGGCAGAUGUAAUUGAGAUUCUCUGACUUGCUGUUCUGUUUGGAAAGUACUUUUGGGUUUUAAGCAGCCAGGCUACAUUGAAAUGAGAUAUUUCAGAUCUGGAGAAACAAGCAGGUGUUGGGAAAUACGUGACUUAACAUGAUAAGGGCUGGGUUCCAGAAACCAACAGUGAGAUCUGUGAAAUAAAACCCUUACCAGUGUGGCAGCGCAGCGUUUUGGACAGUAAACCUGCAAGUCUAGUGAGGACUCAGAGAAAGCUGUAGCACAGCACAGACAACAUGGAAGUCAGUAGUAGGACAGGGCUCAUCAGAGACCAGGUUAGAUUACACUGGCUUACCCUACAGCAGUUUUCUCCAGGUUUGGCUGAGCCUUUAUGCACACCAUUGCCCUCUGCUGGUGGCAGCCGAGAUAAGCAAGGACUGAAAAUGGAUCCUUUCACAAGGCCCUGAAGGUUUUUUAACUGUUUCAAACUGACUCUGGUUCGUCCGUAACUAACGGAUCAUGGUGCCUGGUUACACUGGCUGCCAAGAAGGAGCACAUGCAAUCUGAUUCCGUGUUCUCGUCACAUCAGUUUCCUGCCUCCCUCCCUGAUCAGAGGACAGCAGCUUAUAUCAUCGGCCAUCCCUGUGGGUCACAAGGUAGCAGCCACCAAUCAAGUGUAUUCCUUGAAUUAGCACACCUGGGUGGGCCGUGUGCACACCCAGGACAUUGGUGCUACAGGGAAAGCCAGGCCAGGUUUUCCUCUCCAUCUCUUAACCGUCCCUGUCCUUCAGUGAGAGUGCGGGACUCCAGCUCAGGAGUCUGGGUACCCAGGGGAGCUUAAGGAGCCAGAGAGAGAAGGAAGUAGCACAAGAAUGGAAACAGCCUCCUGCCCUAGAAUCCCACACUGCAGGGGGCGCAACUGAGAAAAAGAACUUCAAGUUGUUAACACUCACGGGCAAGCGAGAGGCACCUUACUGUGGAGGAAACAGCCACAUCCACAACAGGAUGCAAUGCUCUAUAACUUUUCCUUUAAAGCCGAAAAGCUAGCAUGUAUGCUUGCUGGGCAUUUGAUCCAGAUGUGCUCCGGAGUUCUGAGAUUCUUCCAUGAAAGGUUAACUAGAGGCUAGUAUAUUUUUUAUAUUUUUGUAACAAUUGGCUUUUUUCAUGGGGGGUGGGGGGGUGGAGGUGGAAGAGUUUAGUAUUUAUAGGCCUAACGAGUCCAAUAAUUUUUAUAAGUGUCUUCAGACUAUGGACAAUCCUCCAAAUUUUGCAAAUGUUUACAUGUUUUUUUUUAAGAUGAUAAAUACGCUUGAUUUGCUUUUUAAAUAAAAGUUUUAGCUGUUCUAAGAGAUUAACUUCAAGUAGGAAUGAAUGCUGGUUAUGGUAGUUGGGAUUUUCUACAGGUUCUGUUCCCAUGCCUUUUCUACGCCGGCCUCACUCAAGAGCCCUCAUGUGGGUGUGGCUGUGAAGCCUGAACAGGCUGGACCUGGACAGCCCCACCUCAGAGACAUUGUUUCCACUUGGAUGUGAGCAGGCACAGGCCUGCCUGCCCUUUGCUACUCAUCAUUAUCAGUUCUUCCAGCCUCCUUGGCGUGGGUCCUGGUCAUAGCCCUGCUGGGAGGCUCUGAACAAUAAAACAUGAUCAGCUUGGUCAAUAAAAUCUAAAAGUUGCGUGGGGCUGAGUAUGGUGGCACACUUUAAUCCCAGCACCGGGGAGGCAGAGGCAGCCUGGUGUCUGUGAGUUUGAGUCCUGUCUGAUUUACAUAGUAAGACCCUGUCACAACAAAAUUGAAAACAACUACAGAAGCAAUAAAUAGUUGAGUGGAUGUCACUAA